AUGUAUCUGGAUGCGUCUCAGGGCAUUCAGACGUUCCUCGCGAAAUGUGUUAUCGAGACCAAACUCGCUUAUCUCGUACUGAAUUUCAUUGAUGAGUGCCUGUAUUUUAGAUGUCAGGAUAUCGAUUUUGGUAAACGGCAUUUGCAUCAAUGCAGAUCUGCCGUCGAUUCUAACCGAUGCCCAGUAGCUCUUCAUCGCGUUCCCAACCGCGGCACCGUAGAGCUUAUGCAACCGCAUCAUUGCCUCUGCACAUUCGCUCCGGGACAAAAUAGGGUACGGCAAGAGGGCUGCUAUAAACGAGAAAGCACAAGCUAUCCAAAAAUCACGCAUAUAUUUCACGGAGAACAUAACUUCGUCUCCCCCGGAUAA